CACUCGACGGAUGAGUAACGAAGCGUGGCCCGCUCUCAAGGUACAACAACUAGAUACUUAAGAUGUUAACAGGAAUCAAUGGAUACUUCAUAACGAGGGUGGGAAUCGGAGAAGGACCUGACGUACUCAUCGAGAGUCCACCCCUCCCAUCCUCGAACUCAAGAAGAUCUCAAAGAUGCUGCCGGCGAGAGAAAGCUGAGGUGAAAGCUCGCGCACGAGAUAAAAGCGUGAAACGAGAUCGAGUACAUAAGAUGAGAUAGAAAGGAGAAUCUCGGGGAAACGGAACGCACCAUGUGCUCGAGCAUGCGAGCAUGGUGGUGGAGAGGGACACUUCUCGGCACGAUGAUGCUGUUAUCAUGGACGUCCUCAUUGGUGGAGGGCUGCCCGAGCAUGUGCACGUGCAAAUGGAAAAGCGGCAAAGAGUGGGUGGAGUGCGCCAACAAAAACCUGAAUGGGCUGCCCCAGGGCGCCAGGGAGGAGACCCAGGUGUUGGAUCUGUCGAACAAUCAUCUGGUCAGUCUGCUCCCAGAGUGCUUUCAUGCCCUGGGUCUGAUCAAUCUGCAGAGGCUCUACCUGGGUAGAUCGCACAUCAGUCGUAUCGCGUCCAGAGCUUUCGUCGGCCUGGUGGGUCUGGUGGAGUUGGACCUCUCCGAGAACCUGAUCGAGGAGAUACCGACCGAGACGUUUCCAUCCUACUCGAAUCUGAUGAAACUGUUGCUGAACGGAAAUCCUGUAAGGGAGAUCCGUCGAGGAGCGUUCCAGCAUCUGGUGCAUCUGACCAACCUGGAACUGAGCCAGUGUCGAAUAGAGAACGUCGAGCAGGGGGCGUUCGACGGCCUACACCAACUCGAGUGGCUGCGACUGGAUGGCAAUCGAUUGACCCGGGUACCCGAUCUCACGUUGCCUCUAGGAGGUAGCCUUCGGGGCCUCACGCUGCACAACAAUCCCUGGCUGUGCGAUUGUCGUCUCCAGGCCACCCAAGCUUGGCUCAAGGAGUCGGCACCCGCUGCCCCUCAAGAGUCUGAGCCAGUCUGCGACGCUCCGCCGAAACUUCGGGGUAAACAGAUCAAGGAGGUGAAGUUGAACGAGCUCGCUUGCCUGCCGCAGAUCGAGCUGCAGGAUCAGAUCGAGGCCUACGAGGGGGACAAUGUCACUCUCAAGUGCGACGUCUACGCUGUGCCGGCUGCCAAGCUCACCUGGUGGUUUAACGGAGAGUUGUGCGAACUGCAGAACGAGAACGAUUCCGCUUCGUCUUCGGCUUAUCCUCGGUACGUCUACAGGCAGCGCGGUGGAACCAAUAUGAGCAGCGCCCUUCUUCUCUACUCCGUCGAGACUCUGAACGAAGGGACGUACACGUGCAUAGCCGAAAACGGGGCAGGCUCGGCCGAGGCGAAUCUGUCGUUGCGGGUGUUGUUCCAGGAGAGAAUAACCGUGGAACCGCCCAACGACCACUUGAGGUCGGGUUACGUGCUCGCCAUAGCUGCGGGCGUCCUCGUGGGCACCCUGUUCGCUCUCGCCUCCCUGGUAGGCAGCAUAGUGUUUUGCGUCCGGAAGCGUCGCCGCGACCGCAAGAGAAACUCGAAAGCCUUGGUCUCGCAGAACAAAUCCGUCAUGCCUAUUACCAAAGACACGACGACCAGUCUGCCUUGCAGGAAGGGUAACGGUAGCCUGAUCGGGCUGGAGCACCAGCAGAUGGUCUCGUACACCGAGCGAGAGAUGAGCAGAGCCGCGACCCUCGAGCGCAGGGAGCACAGAAACAUGGAGGAGCCUUAUUGCAGCCCGGUGUCAAAGUAUCUGACGGAGCCCGAUCUGAUAAACGAGGUCCCGGAGACGACCGACGUGGGAUACGGCCAAUUGUAUCGACACCAGCCAGGCGAGAGACAGAUUCUGGAAUACGACUCCGGAUACCCGCUGCAACCCGAUCUGCGCCCAUCCAACAUACCCCAGCUUAGCUAUCUCGAUCAGGACGGCUACCCGCUCAACUUCGGCCUACCCAAGAUCCCUUUCAGCGCUGCGAGCACGCUGCCCCGCUUGAGGCAAAGAAUGCCGGUAGAGGGCACCGCUGUCGCGCCACCUGCCAGGUACUCGAGAGAGGCAGAGUUCUUGGCCAGGUCGCCGGGAUACGACCCUGUCCUCCCCAGAACGGACACCAGAUACACAGCCGAGGGAUAUCCUUACCCGGCCCAGCAGCCGAUCCAACCGGUCGAGCAGCCGAUCCAACAGCAGCUACCAGUUUCCCCGGUGUCGCCGGUCCCCGUGUUCCCCGAGGUGCCGUUCAUCCCUUCGCCACCAGCCGCGUACAGGGGCGAGACCACGCCGCUCUCGCCUAGAUCACUGUUGAGCAAAACUGCUCGAGAGGCUGCCGCAGCCGCGGCCGCCAGGGCGGAGGAUCUUCAGCCUCCUCAUCAUCCGGAAAGUCCUGACGAGGGCUACGUCGGAGACGCUAUGGACGUCUAAGUUUUAACCACGGAUCGAAGCAGGAACUGAGGAUUGGGACGAGAUCGAGAAUAGUGGGUGGAAGUUUCGAUGGAGCGUGGUGAUGACUGGUUGGAUCGUUUGAUGACUCAGUCUCAGGAUUAUCGUCGUUCUCGAGAGGGGGAGAAAGCGAUCUGUCGUGAAACGGAGGAGGAGGAAACUAUCCGUAUAUGUAGGUCGAAUUAAUCCAAGGAAAACAUGGAUACGGACACGAUUGGUGGAACAAGAAGCCUGAGAGAGAACGACAAGAUCCUCUCUCAUCCAGGAGAAUUAGAUAUGAGAUACCAAAUGCUGGUUGAACAAAGCGCGUAAUGGAUUGAUCAGGUGCGAGGCUUCAUCGAAUCACGUGUUCCACGGAUAAUAAUUUCUUGUCAAAGGCAAGUGUUUGUGGUUCGAAGAGAGGAUAAGGGAUUGUUCGAAUUUGGAAACAUAUUUUUCACAAUGUGCAUUUGCCAUUUUUGUUUCAUGCUCGAAAACUCAACAAGUUAUUAUUCAAUCCAGAACAACUUUCUCUCGAGAUUGUACGAAUUCGAUUAGCCACGAGAGAUCCACGAAAAAGAAGCCACCCAUUUUUAUGGAGUAAGAAAAUAAUCGAUAUGGAUCCGCGAAUGAGGGAAUUUUUAGAUAUACUUUCGAAAUGGUCGCCUUGUAAUGGAAUUUUCCGGAAUACGUGGAGAGGAAUCGAAUUUUCCAAGAGCUUAUAGGAACGCAAACAAACCGCCACGUGGGUGGAAUUUUGAAAAUCGGAUUGGAGUUGCGGUUCGAUCGAAUCGAAUCUGUCCGCGUGGCCAGAGUUUGCGCUCUGUCUAUUAUUACGAUCUGUCUAUCAUUUGGAUCCUGGUACAAAUUGGAAACAUUUCUGGGGUGAAAAGAUAAUCUGCUCGAUCGGUAAAAAGUGAAAAUCGACUAUGUGAAAGUGGCACGUUUGAUCGUGCGUGAAUGAUAUAAUUGAGUGAAAUAGUGUAAAUAUACGUAAGAGGCAAGUGCGCGUCUAAGUGUUGGAAACGAAAAGAAUUUGAUGAAAGAAGUGAAAAAAAGUGGAAGAAGAAGUGAAAUAGUGAACAGAUACAAAAUGGAGUACCACUCUUGAAACCUUAAGAAUAUUCUUUUGCUAACAAAGAUAAAUUCUUCGCGUCGGUGAAAUGUGGCACGUCUUUCAUCUAAAAAGUAAGAUGCGUAGAAUACGGACUCGUUUCGACUGAAAGCGGUAAGACGAGAACAAAGAAGAAGAGGUAAAACGAGGGGAAGAAACGAGAAUACGUUUAUCCGUGUUACGAGUUUGUAGAAGACUCGUUCGAUAUCUGCUCAAGUUCAUACUUUCAUCCGGAUCACCCAACCACCACACUCUUCCACACUUCUUCCUCCCGGUCACUUCCUUUUUUUAGGCUAACCGAUUAUUAUUAUCGUUAUCGAAGUUUAUUGCUCGCCGGUUCCGCGAGAAACGAACUCUAACGUCACGGAAAGUUAAGCAAUUCUGCCGUAGUGAUAAUAAUGUUAACUCGGUGUUUAAGACUGGUGAGUUUACUGGUGAGAUGGCUGAAAUUACAGAGAGAGAGAGAGAGAGAGAGAGAGAGAGAGAGAGAGAGAGA